AAUUUUAAUUUUCCACACACAUUUGGGCGCAGGAACGAAAUGACGGCGAGACAACGUAGGAGCAUUCCAAGGAACGAAUCCAUAGGCAAAAGUUUCUCUUCAAGGGGAGGCAAAAAGAGGCCGGCGAGCUUUUACAUUAUCAUCUUUUUCCUCUUUGUCUUGAUAUUCUCAGGCAUCUUUGAGACUGUUCGUCACAUUCGCUUCUCCAAGGCUGCUCUCGCCAGAUUCAAGAGAUAGAGUCGGAAAAUCUGGUCCGAAUGUUUUCCAGAAUUGUUGCAAUUUCAAGGCCAGUUGGUCUCUCCGGGAAACUCUGCAAGCACGCAAACAGUGUGCAGUUUGUCAGAGCUUUCACUGGAGCCCGUAGAGAGGGAGCCACGGAUUAUUCUAGUGGUUCAAAACAUGAGGAUAAAACUGGAAAAGAUGACGAUCCUAUACAUAAUCAGUACAAGGCCUCUCAAAAUCUCUGGGAUACAUUGGUACCAGAGAGGAAUUGGUCCCUUUUCAGUCCACAAUUUUGGAUCCUCUUUGUAGCGACAUGCUCGCUCUAUGUCUAUAAUAGAAUGCAUGAAAAGGAAGAUUCGGUAGAUCUCAUAGAAAAGGAAAGGGAAGCUCACAGGAAAGCUGUGGGCGGACACUAGAACACGUGAUUUAGAGUCGUUUGUUGU